AUCAAUCACUAACGCCUACCCCAAUCACCUGUUUAGUGUAACCCAGGUGGAAACUACCUCUUUAGUUGGCCACGAGGAAAGGUUGUGAAGGCACGUAGAUUGACAUAAAAUAGAGGCAGUCACAUUACAAUACUGUCAUUACUAUAUCCUGAUGGUUCCUGCCAUGAAGUUCCAUUGCCUAGUUGCUGCGAUAGCUAUCGCAAUAACCCGCGUGGUUCAGGCGGGGGAUACAGAUAAAAUCCAAGUGUAUCGCCUUCCAGUCGUUACACAUGACGAAUAUGAUGCUGAUUUGGUUAUCGUAGACGUUGAAGAAGUGUUGGUAUCAACUACAACAUUGACGACAACAAUCGAGGUCUCAAAGCUACAUGAAACUGUCGUAACAAAAGAUGUUACGGAGAUGACUACCAUCUUCCAUACCACUCCUACUUCCACCCUUUUUACAGAUAUAUUUACAGCAUCUACGUGGGAUACCUGCUUCUCCACCACAACCCAUUGUUACACGGUUUACCAGACCAUUACUCAGUCUGUAACGCCUGUUUCCAUCAUAUACCCUGGCCACACCAGGACAGUCACGCAGUCGCACUACUACCUCGCCACCGCAACAACCACUAUGUCCAAAUAUUGCCCAAUGCCGACGUGGUGAGUGCACUGGAUCCUUAAAUUCCAACCUGCAUUUUCUUAAGAUAUAUCCUACAAUAAAAUCUUAUAUC